CCAGAGGUUAUUACAGAGCCUCUGGGGGCGGUGAAAAAAAAACAGCUGAUAGGAAAGGUCAAAUCAAGUCGCUCCUGACCUCGGGCGGUGGGACCUAACAGCGCCCCCUGCCGGCGGGCCCCUGCAUAGCAGAUAUAAACAGAUUGAGCCUCAACGUUCACCCACACGGAUCUGCAAGAUGAAGCGGAGCAGCCUCUCUGCACUCACCAUGACCUUCCUCCUCCUCCUCCUCCGCCUCCACGUGGCGCAGCCUGGGAGGACGAAAGCCGUGAACAAACCUGGAUACUGCCCAGAGUUCACACUUUCCUGCCCUUUCAUGAUGUUACCUCUGUGCCAUCGCGACAAAGGUUGCAAGAAGUCCAAGAAGUGCUGUUUCUACAAUUGCCGUAACCAGUGUAUGGACCCGUGGUUUGAAGUAGAAACCCCUUCUUAACCAGGCCAGAGAAGACACUGGUGACCCAGGCUCAGACCCGGAUGACUGGUCUCCAGUUCUCCCAGGUUCUGCUCGCCCCCAAGGCCUCCUUUUGUCCGAGCUCAGUGCUUAUUCGUAUGAC